ACAGUACAACUUUUGAAGUCUGGGUUUGAAGGCUAGCACCAAUUAAGGUUCCAGCUAAGCGAGUUCGUCUGUACGCUAAAGUCGGAAUCGCAAACGAAGUGUGUGGUGCAAACGCAGCAAUAAAAGAGCUGAGUAACAUUUUUAAUUGUCUGCCAACAAGUCGUCGCGUCCGCGCUGUCAGAUCUUUGAAAAGUGAAAUUUUGUCUAGGGGGAUUCCCUAAUCCGGGUAGGCCACGCGCGAUAUGCGUCAAAUUUGAGGCUUCAAGUCGCAGGAAAUUGCACACAAAAUGGAGCGCAAGGGGCUGUAUUUGGUGGUGACGAUCGCCUUGGCGAUCGCGGUGACCUCCGCCGUGGACGGCCCCCCGAAAGGUGAGGACAAGGCCGCCGUGGCGGCUUCCAAGAUAGUGGAAGCGCUGGAGGAUCACCCGUUCCGGGUGGACAGCGUCGCUCCGGAGCUGCAGUCGGCGGCAGUCGCCGGAAGUCAGGACCACCCGAAGGGUCGGAUCGUGCCGCGGAAGGGUGCCAUCUUGGGCAACGUAACGUCAUCUGUGAACGCGACGACGACCUCGACAUCGAUUGCUGUGAGCGUGCCGAAAGCUACCGAAGCGCAACAUAAAAACAUUACGACAACGGCGGCUCCGCCGCAGGUCAGUGUUGCCAACAGCAGCGCCGUAGUAGGCCCUGCUAAUGCAACUGUUAGCAGCAACUCAACGCAACAGCCUGCCAACAUCACCUUUGGCAACAACGCCACGACCCCGGCCGUAGCGGUUCCGAGUGCUUCCAAGCCUACUACGGUGACGUCCAGCACGACGUCCACGACGACUACAACGACGACGACGACAACAACAACAACAACAACAACAAAACCUCCCAAAAAGCCAACAAUUACCCUCUCCGUCGACGACGAGCCGAAGCUCGUCCAGGCGGCCAAACCGGGCUACGGCUCCGGAUCGUCCGGAGGAGCCACCGUAAGCGACCCCAGCGGGCGCCUCCACGUCGAGGAACCGCUCGCCGAGCUGUCCAAGGAGUACAUGCCGUCGCAAAACCCCGGCCACCGGGAGUACAUCCUGCCGGUGGUCACACUGAUCUUCGCGAUCCCCCUGCUCGCCGGACUCUUCCUCCUGUCCUAUCGACGCGCCAAGGAGUUCUGGCUGACGCGACACUACCGCCGGAUGGACUUCCUGGUGGACGGGAUGUACAACUACUAGGGCACGCGCCACUCAAAGUCGGCGUCCGUGUGUGUGUGUGCUAUACGAUAGCGAGAAAACAACAAGCAAAACAAUAAUCGAAAAGCAACAAUGAGGAUACGUACUGUGGUCGGUGACAGAUGUUCAAGGCCGCUGUCAAAAGUGACAGUUUAUCGAAAAGAGUUGCUCAAAAGUUGUCCGCGAAAAAAAAAAUAGGAGCCGUGCAAUGUCUUGAACGUUAGUCUAUGGCACCCAGCUGUCAACUGUCUGUCAGCUUGACAGUUCGAUUCGUCCAACGUGCACUACGAUCUAGAGUUAAGUGUCAAAUCUGUUUACUUACCCUAACUUUUUGUUUACAUUUUUCAAUAUUUUAUAAAAACGUCGUUUUUCUCUGUACAAAUGGCCAAACAGCAACUUUAAUGCUUUUUUUCUACUUGUAAAAAUCGCAGUCGUUAGAAGUGUACACGUAAAACUAGAUGUCACGUAAAAAAAAAGAUCAAAAUACUAAUCGACGCCGUAGAAAACAUCUUUUUUAGGUUUGGGAAAAGUGCCUUUUCGAACGUGUAGAACAAAUUUUCAUUUUUUAGAACGGGAAUACUUUACUCCGAAGAACGAAAUAGUCCUUGCUGCUAAAUCUUUUGCAGGAAACGUAUGAGCGAGGCAAUCAGUUCGUUUCUCAACUAUCACACUCAUACACAUCAAAUGGAAGGCAAAUCAAAAGUUGUAUAGCAAAAUUCUGAGCAAAAACAUAAAAUAACGAAAGCAUGUUAUCAAAGUCUAGAAGAGAGAGGGAGAGAGCUACUAAAAUACUGAAUACCAACAUGAAAUAAACAAGAGCUGUAAAAUUAGGUGUAAUUUGUUAUUGUUUUUUCUUCGAUACUAAGUAUAAGAAGUAGAGAAACGCAAAUCGUAAAAUGUAGAGAAUGGUACUAAUAAAAAUUGAUAUCAAAUUAUAAA